AAUCAACGCAGAGACGGAGCCGCCAUCUUGGUUCUUGCCUCUUUCGUCCAUGGGAGCAUCACAAACUCUAAACAAAAACAUAACGGAUUUACCACAAUUUUCACAGAGAUCUGAUGGUAAAGGAGGAGGAGGAGGAUGGAUGACCCAUCUGGCAAUAAGAACCAUAUGCCCUGUCCAGUGUGGACGGGGUCGGUUAGCUGGCCCGGAGACCCUUCUCAAGGAGCCCCUCUGAUUCCUCUGCCUACUUCUCAACAGCUUGGCCUGGGCUCCUCUCCAGACUCAAGACCCAUCUACGACCAAAUACAGACAUCUGGUCUAAACUGCCUCAACAACUUACCUUGUAGAGUCAAUGCUCAGUCUAAUUCUCGUUUCAAAACAUCACAAAUGUGCAGUACCCCGACAUCAGCCUCUCUUUUUGCAAAUGCUCCAACCUCUCCCAGUAUUUCCAAUGUUCUUUCCUUCGCUCAGCUUAGUCAGACGCCUUUAAUGCCACCUACUAAUCAUGGCAAAAAUACGACACGGCCUUCUCUUUACCAAACAACACAACAUCUGGCCUCAUUCCAGCCUUUGAUAUCAAAUCAACCUUUACCCAGUGCACCCCAGGACCUACCUGUGAGUCUGCCCUCAUGCUCACAACGAUCAAACCAGGCUGUCAGGAGCAAAUCGACAGAGGUAGACCCUGCUCCUGUCAGUGGACAAGUGAACAUCCCGGCCGUUCCCACCCAGAUGAUCUCUCAGUGGAGGCAAAACCGCAAGGGUAGUAAGAAGAAACCUUCAAAUGCCCCAACGGAGCAAAGCUCAGCACCUCUGGCCAAUACUGAGUCACGCAGUGCACUUAUGCAGCAGCGGCAGGAACUUCUUAAAAACUGUCAGAUUUGGAUGCACUUCUAAAAACAAUGCCUUCAGAGGACACUGGGAGUGAAGAGGUAUCACUUGCUGCUGACCUGACUCCUGUUGCAAAUGAUAGCGCACCUCUAGAAUAUCCUGAUGAGUCGAGUGACUUUUCAGAGAGUGCAGAUGUUCCUUCGGAGGAUGACGACAGUCCUGAGUUCUUACCUGUUAGUAAUGAAGAAAUUUCUGACUCAGUGGACAGCUCCUCAGAUGAAACCCCUCAAAAGAAAUCCACAUGUAACACUCGACUUAAAGCAAAGUCAAAGGCUCACCCAGCGGCCAAAGACAAGCGCAAAAGAACUCUGAAGAAAAGGUACACACCCAAGUCGUCCAUUUUGGUUUUACAAUGUGUGAGCAAGAAAGGCAAGCGAGUAUAUGACAAGAAGAAUUACUGCUUGUUCUGCUCCAAACCCUUCAGUAAACUAUCUCGACAUCUUGAAAUGGUCCACAGUCACCAGGAGGAGGUUGCCAGUGCAUUACAACAUCCCAAACAUUCCAAAGAGAGACUAAACAUUUGGAAUAGACUGAAAAAUAAAGGUAAUUUCGCUCACAACAAGGAUGUGCUCAAAACGGGGAAGGGGUUCCUGGCAGCUGUGAAAAGACCAAGAACGCCUGUCCAAGAUUAUGAGUUUGUCCACUGUCUGUAUUGUCAGGGACUGUACAUCAGCAAAGGGUUGUUCAGACACAUGAAGAAAUGUCCAGAGAAAAGUAAAAGCAAAGAUGAACCUAAAAUAGGAAAGAAGCGUCUGGCAUUUAGAUGUGUGCUUGAAACACUGGGGCCAGACAUCAGUGAAGGUUUUAAAGGACUUCUGUCUCCAAUGAUAAAUGACCCGGUCACACAAGCCAUUCUAAAUCAUAAGGUGAUUCUGCAGUUUGGAGAGGGCAUGUUUAAACAGCAAGGAGCUGAUCCCAAUCGACACGAGAAUAUCAGACAAAACCUUCGACAGAUCGCUCGUCUGGUGCUAGAAGCUCAAAAGAGGACGCCUCUGAAAGAGAUGGAGGAUUUCUUUGAGCCCGCUAACUUCAAACAUGUCGUCUCUGCCGUCAACAUUGUAGCAGGGUUCAAUUCAAAGACUAACUCAUACACCAGCCCCUCUCUUGCUAUUAAACUGGGAUACCAGCUUCAAAAGCUCUGCAGCAUUGUUGAGAAUAAUGCUAUUGAAAGUGGAGAUGAAAGCAGAGCCAAGUCCGCUCAAAGCUUCCUUGAAGUGUACAAGACUAAAUGGAAUAAGCUUGUAUCUGCGAGUGCGCUCACCACUCUGAGAGAGACGAAACGUGUGAAGGAGAAGAGUGUGCCUUCGAUCCAAGAUGUCAAACGCCUGAACUCUUACGUGGCCAACACCCACACUGUGUCUGAAAACAAGUUCAGGGAGCACGUCUCUGCAGAAACAUAUGCUGCUCUGGCCAAGGUGAUACUCGCCCGCAUCAUACUAUUCAACCGAAGGAAGCCUGCAGAAGUGUCAGGCUUAAGACUUGAAGACUUCCUGUCCCGGAAAAUGUAUGACUCUUAUAACUACUCCGGAGUUUCCCUGUCAGACCUGGAGAGGACCAUGUGCCGGUUCUUCACUCGGAUUGAAAUCCGAGGGACCUGUGGCCGGAUAGUUCCUGUGUUGCUGAAGCAGUCCUUUGUCUUUGGCUUGGAGCUUCUGGUGAAGAACCGUGAGGCAUGUGGGGUCCCUGCAGAGAACCCCUUCCUGUUUGCCAGACCCACCGCUCUGACGUCCUACAGCGGCUCCACCAUCCUACAGAACUACGUCAGAGACUGUGGAGCCAAGUCUCCCAAAACUCUCACUACAGCCAAAAUCCGGACGCAUUUUUCAGCCAUGCUGCAGAUGUUAAACCUCGAUGAAAAUGAGGCCAACCAGAUUCUAGGACCAAACUAUCAAGUUUUACAGACAGCCAGGACAGAUGUCCUUGAACAACCAGGGACAUUUGAAGAUAUAGGGACCCAAACAUCUGCACAGUGGGGACAAAAUCAAUUCUCCUGUAACUACAACAGACCAGCUCCUUAUUAUCCUGACCAGAGCCAACACGCACAGGCACCAAUCCAGGGCCCUGUACCAAAGCGCGUCGCCACAGACAAACCACAGAGAGCGUCUCAGAAGAACAAACAGAAGUGGGAUGAGGCGGAGGUGCGGGCUGUAGAGAGGCACAUGAUGCGCUUCAUUCACGGACAUAAAAUCCCUCAGAAAAUGGACUGCCUCCAGUGUCUCGACGCUGAACCCGAGGCUCUGAGGGCACGUUCCUGGAAGGGUGUUAAGGACUAUGUGAGAAACAGGAUCACAGCACUGAAGAGAGAGGAGAGCAGGAGCGCUUUGAAAAACCUGCCACCAACCAACUGGCCCACCCAGGAUACAAGCGGUUAUUACCAACUUUGAACAUGUAGUAGCCAGAAUCUGUAGAUCUGGAGGUUUGUCACCACCCUAUUUAAGUAUUUUUACUGCUCAUUAUAAAAGAGCAGCUGUUUUUAGUAGCCAAAAUGUUAUAAUCUUAUUUAUGUUUUAUUAACCAGCCUUAUGUAAAAAUAUUUGCAACGUGUGAUGAAGCGAUAAACCUUUGUGUUUUUUA